AUGGAGAUCUUCUACUGGGUGGUGUUCGGUGGCCUCGCUGCGAUCGUCGCCGGCUUGGAGCUCAGCAAAUCCAACAAAGACCGCAUUAACACCUCCUCCGCCUUCAACUCCUUCAAGAACAACUAUCUCCUCGUUUACUCUCUCAUGAUGGCUGGAGACUGGUUGCAGGGUCCGUAUGUGUACUAUCUCUACAGUACUUAUGGCUUCGGAAAGGGGGAGAUCGGCCAGCUAUUUAUUGCUGGUUUUGGAUCUUCAAUGUUGUUUGGGACGAUUGUUGGAUCACUCGCCGACAAACAGGGUCGGAAGAGAGCUUCUAUCACCUACUGCAUCACCUAUAUUCUCAGUUGUAUCACGAAACAUUCUCCACAGUACAGAGUUUUGAUGGUGGGUCGUGUUCUGGGAGGUAUCGCUACUUCUCUUCUCUUUUCUGCCUUCGAGUCGUGGCUUGUUGCUGAGCACAAUAAGAGAGGUUUCGAGCAGCAGUGGUUAUCAGUCACAUUCUCCAAGGCAAUAUUCCUUGGGAAUGGAUUAGUGGCCAUCAUCGCUGGACUCUUUGGCAAUUACCUUGUGGAUUCUCUGGCCCUCGGUCCUGUUGCUCCAUUCGAUGCUGCUGCUUGCUUUCUUGCUAUAGGUAUGGCCGUUAUUAUGUCAACCUGGUCCGAGAACUAUGGAGAUCCAUCAGAAAACAAAGACCUUCUUACCCAGUUCAAGAACGCUGCCUCUGCCAUUGCCUCUGAUGAGAAGAUUGCAUUGCUCGGUGCUAUACAGUCUUUGUUUGAAGGGUCCAUGUACACCUUUGUGUUUCUCUGGACUCCUGCUUUGAGCCCUAAUGAGGAGGACAUUCCCCAUGGUUUCAUAUUUGCAACAUUCAUGCUGGCUUCAAUGCUUGGUAGCUCCAUUGCCUCUCGUUUGUUGGCACACUCGUCUCCAAAAGUGGAGAGCUAUAUGCAGAUCGUAUUUGUGAUAUCUUCUGCAGCUCUAAUGCUUCCUGUUGUAACAAGCUUCUUGGUGGCGCCCGCAGGUGUAAAAGGUGGAAGCAUAUCCUUCCCUGGAUGCAUUCAGCUUAUUGGUUUCUGCACAUUUGAAGCGUGUGUAGGAAUCUUCUGGCCAUCUAUAAUGAAGAUGAGAUCUCAAUACAUUCCAGAGGAAGCCAGAAGCACCAUCAUGAAUUUCUUCCGCAUCCCACUCAACAUCUUUGUCUGCCUUGUCUUGUACAAUGUUGAUGCGUUUCCAAUGACGGUGAUGUUUGGGAUGUGCUCUGUAUUCCUAUUCGUGGCCUCUAUUUUGCAAAGGAGGUUGAUGAAUGUAGCCGAGGUCCACAGGUCAAGAUCACAAGAGUGGUCAGCAGCAAAGGAGAUGACCUCAGAAGUUGACCCUCUUAACCCAUAA